AUGCAUUGGUCCAAUAUUAAUAUACAUAUAUUUGGAAUCUACUUAUUAGCAGCAGCCAUGUCUCAGAUAAUUCCAGAUAAAAAUCAUAAUGAAAGACAAUAUUUUGCAAUCGAAUCGUUAAAUUCUAUUGAUAGCAUAUUAAAAAACCACCCAACAUGGCGAUUUGAACAUGACGUCAGAGGAUUAGAAAACCAUUACGUGUUUUCUGAACCUCUCAAUGUAACACCAAACAAUUUAGUAAAGAGAUCUGAUUAUUCUCUAGCAGAAGACAUUAUAUCAUUUCAGGAUUUACCCCUACAAACACAUUUAGUUAAAAGAGUUCCUAUACCAGCACCUCCUAUUGAUUCAAGUAUGGUCCCAAUGAAAAAUGCAGAAGAUAGAUUAAACAUAAAUGAUCCAAAUUUUGAAAAACAGUGGCAUCUGUUUAAUCCAAGUUACCCAGGUAACGAUAUAAACAUGGCAGAUGUAUGGUAUAACAACAUUACAGGGAAAGGUGUUGUAGUAGCUAUUGUAGACGAUGGUGUUGAUUAUGACAACCCUGAUAUUAGGGACAAUUUCUCUUCUCAGGGCUCAUGGGAUUUUAAUGAUAAUACAAACUUACCAAAACCCAGACUAUCUGACGACUAUCAUGGUACUAGAUGUGCAGGUGAAAUAGCUGCCGUUAAGGGUAACAAUUUUUGUGGCGUUGGUGUAGCGUAUGAUGCUAAGGUCUCAGGAUUAAGAAUUUUAUCCGGUCCAUUGACAGCCGAGGAUGAGGCAGCAUCAUUAAUCUAUGGUAUGAGUGUCAAUGAUAUUUAUUCAUGCUCCUGGGGUCCGUCAGACGAUGGGAAACAUUUGCAAGGUCCAAGUAUCUUAGUGAAAAAAGCCUUAAUAAAAGGUGUCAAUGAAGGAAGAGACAAAAAGGGUUCCAUAUAUGUUUUUGCCAGUGGCAAUGGUGGUCAUUUAGGUGAUAACUGUAAUUAUGAUGGUUAUACAAACUCAAUAUACUCUAUUACAAUAGGUGCUAUCGACCAUAAAGGUUUGCACCCACCAUACUCAGAGAGUUGUUCUGCAGUAAUGGCUGUCACUUAUUCAUCCGGUUCUGGGGAAUAUAUCCAUUCCACUGAUAUUGGUGAUAAGUGUAGUGAUACGCAUGGUGGUACAUCUGCUGCUGCUCCAUUAGCCGCAGGAAUAUAUGCACUUUUAUUGGAAGCCAACCCUAAUUUAACUUGGAGAGAUGUACAGUAUCUAUCUAUUCUUUCCAGUAAGGAAAUCACAAAUCAAGAUGCCAAGUCACAAGAAGGCGCUUUAGGGAAACGAUACUCGCAUGUUUAUGGAUAUGGGAGAAUAGACACAAAGAAUCUUAUUGAGAUGGCUCAGAAUUGGAGUAAUGUUAAACCUCAGGCCUGGUAUUUUACUGAUUAUAAAGAAGUCAAUGAAUCUACAAAUAAUCCAGAUAAUAUUAUUGAAUCUAUUAUAGAGAUUGAUUUGGAGACAUUAAAGAAUUCAAAUUUAGAAAGAAUUGAACAUGUUACAAUUACUGUUGACGCUGAAACUAAUAUUCGAGGACAGGUUAAUAUUGAUUUAGUUUCACCAACCGGAAUGAUUUCCAACCUAGCUGUGGUUAGAGAACGUGACAAUUCCAACGAAGGUUUUAAAAAUUGGACUUUCAUGUCUGUUGCACAUUGGGGUGAAACUGGUAUUGGUCAAUGGAAAUUAAAAGUAAAAACUACUGUAAAAGAUAAUAAUGUAAAAUUGAAACAUUGGAGAUUAAAAUUUUUUGGUGAAUCCAUUGAUCCAACAAUAACCAAACCAUACGAUUAUUAUGAUGAUAUAUACGCGGAAAAGGAGGCUAAGUUGACUCCGAUAUCUGAUAUUACCAACCCAAUAUCGUCAGGGGCACCAUUACCUUCCUCAACAACGGUUGUAACUUCAUCUACAAGUAUGACUACUACUAGUAGUGUAAUAUCCCCUACUUUUACUACUGUAUCGAAUCCUGAUGAUGAUCCUUCAACGCCAAAUAAAAUACCAUCACCAAGAGAAGCGUUCCAUUAUUUUAUUACAAUAUUUACUAUAGGGUCAAUCUUGAUAAUUUUAUAUUUUGUUGUAUUCUUUAAAUCAAGAAGAAGAAUCAGAAGAUCCAGAGCGGAAAAUUACGAAUUUGAUAUUAUUGAUACCGACUCUGAUUACGAUUCAACAUUAGAUAGUCACGUUUCUAAUAAUAAUGAAAUGUCUGUUGAUGGUGGUAUAGCAGAUUAUGAUUUUGAUAUUUCGGAUGAAGAUAAUUAUGCGAAUAACAAUCAUAUUUUGACUGACUUAGACUUGAAUCAACAGUCAAAUACAGCAGAUGAUAAUGCAUGUGAUUCAAGAGCCAAUGACCAUAUCAAUAGUAUAUCAAAUAAUGCGUCUGAGCAGGAUGCAUCGGAAGAAAAUCCAUUUUUAUCACCCUCUGAGGUGAAUCAAGCAAACAUUUCAUUCAUUAAUGAUGUUGGUCAUAACAACGACUCUGAUAUGGAUUCCUCACAUUCCAAAACGAACUUUAUUCAAUAG